AUGUUAAUGAGAGUGUUUGGUGUGUAUAACAGACUCCUAAAGGCAUACCCAUUGAUAACUCAAUGCACGACAACCGGUGUAUUGGUUGGGACGGGAGAUGUGAUCGCACAGAAAGGGUUGGAGAAGAGACAUGAAAUGAAUUGGAAACGGACGGCAAAGUUCGCCGCAUUUGGACUCUUAUGUUUGGGACCUACGAAUAGAUAUAUGUUUUUAUUUUUGGAGAGAGUGUACGGCACGAGCGGCACAUUUACCCCGAUCAAGAAAUUGCUCACCGAACAGUUGUUUUUCUUACCGCUGAUACAAUUGGCAUUCAUCGGAGUGUUGGGCGCAUUGAAUGGCCAUUCGUUGGCCCAAAUGGAGGCCCGCAUUCGUAAUGAUUACUGGGAUAUAAUGUGUGCCGUUUGGAAAGUGUGGCCAUUCGUAAGUCUAGUGAACUACUAUUUCAUUGCACUCAACUAUAGAGGACUAGUCAUAGCUAGAGAUGUUAGUAGUGAAAUUUUGGGAACGUUUAGGGCUAAAUUUAGCCCUAAAUUUAGGGAACGUUUAGGGGUCUUGCUGAACAUUUAG